AUGCUUCGAUCGAUUCUCGGUUUUCUUGCGGUUGGAGCAGUCCUCGUCUAUUCCAAGAAAUGUGUUGAUGGAAAGGAUAACGUUAUCAAAGUCUACGACACAACCAAAGGAAAGGGUAAAAUUCUGGUCAAAGAUCUGGAGAUCGGAACCUACGAUAAGAAUAAGAAGCCAAUUUGUGCCGGAGGAAAGCCACAGUUCACGUUUCCCGGUCAUUUCAAGGUAUUGAGAGGAACGGUCGAGGUAACUGAACCCGUAAAGGAAGGAAAAAAUAAGCUUAUGCUGGAGAUCUCGCUGGAGAAGAACUCCUUCAUGAUUGGUGUCGUGUGCGAGAAUGGCGUCAGCAAGAACCAGUUUGUCCCCAAUGAGAUGUGUAAUAUGGAUUUAUGCUCGAUUUCGUCAGCGUGCGGCCUACUCAGUGUGAAAACACCCACACCUCUUGCAAUUGCUCCGAUCGUCGGAAAGGAGUUUAUCGACUUUGGACCUAUGCCCAUCCCACAACUCUCAGUGAGUUCCUGA